GGUGUCGCUAACUCUGCAGGUCAGGUCGCUCCGGACACUUUCAGUUCUUCUAAAGGCUGGAGCACGGGGCCACUGGCCAUGUAGAGCCGGCUGGUUUGAGCACAGAGAAGCGGAGGACCGAUAACAGAGUGUGGACUUCAGCCUGGACACACACACACACACACACACACGGUCCACAGUGACAGGGUCAGGGGAGAAGGCGGAAGAAGAAGCUCGCAGUGCGACAGUCGUCAAGCGGUGUCGGAGAGUAGCAGCGAGCGGUAUAUGAUGGUUACCCACACAGCCGGGAGGGCAGGCUGGCUGUGAGCGAACCUCGAACCGCGACCACUUUUCUUCUUGUCGGUGAAAAACAGCCACACCCGCUGGUGUCGAAACGGGGAGUAUUUCUGAAACCAAGCCCGUGAAAGGACUUCUCUCGUAAACACGCCGCUACUAACAUUGUCCUGUGGCACUUCCUGGAUUCCUGAGUAUUGAAGUGUCUGGGCUGCACAGAGCUGCACUGUGGGUCAUCACCUUCACUGCUUAGUCGUCAAUGUGACGGACCGCACCAGCGACACAUCCAGCCUCACUAUGGGUCAGGACAGGGGCAAGUUUGACUUCUACAUCGGCCUGGGGUUGGCCGUCAGUUCCAGCAUCUUCAUCGGAGGCAGCUUCAUCCUCAAGAAGAAAGGGCUGCUGCGGCUGGCGAGGAAGGGGUCCAUGCGGGCGGGCCAGGGUGGUCAUGCAUAUCUAAAAGAGUGGCUAUGGUGGGCUGGUUUAUUAUCAAUGGGGGCCGGUGAAGCAGCCAACUUCGCAGCCUAUGCCUUCGCUCCUGCGACUCUGGUGACGCCACUGGGAGCCCUCAGUGUGCUUGUGAGUGCGGUGCUGUCGUCCUACUUCCUCACAGAACGGCUAAACCUGCAUGGGAAGCUCGGCUGCCUGCUCAGUAUCCUGGGCUCCACCAACAUGGUGAUUCAUGCGCCGCAGGAGGAAGAGAUCAACAGCCUCGAGGACAUGGCCAAGAAGCUGGUUGACCCAGGUUUUUUUGUCUUUGCAACUCUUGUCAUCAUCGUUGCGGUCAUCUUCAUAUUUGUUGUGGCUCCACGCCACGGUCAGACCAAUAUCCUUGUGUAUAUCACCAUCUGCUCGGUAAUCGGGGCACUAUCAGUAUCCUGUGUCAAAGGACUGGGCAUCGCCAUAAAGGAAGCGAUCGCUGGGAAACCUGUUGUGGGAAACCCGCUAGCGUGGUUCUUGCUUCUGAGUCUGGUGGCCUGUGUGAGCACGCAGAUCAACUACCUGAACAAGGCUCUGGACAUAUUCAACACGUCCCUGGUGACGCCCAUCUAUUACGUGUUCUUCACCAUGUCAGUGCUCACCUGCUCCGCCAUCCUCUUCAAGGAGUGGGAGCACAUGGGCACAGGCGACGUGAUCGGCACUCUCAGUGGCUUCCUCACGAUCAUCGUGGGUAUCUUCCUGCUCCAUGCCUUCAAAGACAUCAGCGUCAGCCUGUCUACUCUCGCUGUGUCAAUGAGGAAGGAAGAGCGGGCCUUUCCUGCGGCCAAUGGCUCGGCCUCCCACAGCACCUAUGAACUGCUACAUAAUGAGUCCACUGAGGGCGUGGAGGACAGAGAAAUGGGUUUGCCUUUUGAUAGCCUCUCUAGAAGAAACGGGGCAAUGACGACCUUGUUGGAUCAUUAAGGAACUUCUGUUUUUCCUGUCGCCCGACAGACCAGUAAUGGCGUUGUUGCGGUGUAUGUGAACAAUAAGACAAUCAGCUGUAUGUGAAGAGUGACUUGGACGGACCAGUGGAUUGUAUUUAUUGUUUAAUUUGCCUUACUUUUCUCCGAAUAUGACCUGCUCAUAUUCAGUUGCAGUUAGAACUUAAUUUCAUUCCUCUGUAGCGUUGUAAAUAUGAGUUUUUUAAAAGAAAUGUUUUGUUAUAUGUACAUGCAUAUCCAUGCACUGACUUACUUUCUAUAAAUCAAAGAAAAGUUUUAAUAUAUCUUCUACAGGAGCCCCUUCUGACAGGACUAUAUUAAAAAGGACACUAACUAUGA